AUGGCACCCAAUUAUCUCACUCGCCUGACAUUUUUUACUCGAGCCGGUUGCGGCUUGUGCGAUACUGCUAAAAACACCGUCGUCCAGCUUCGAAAGCGACGUCCAUUCGAGUAUAUUGAGAAGGACAUCAUGGAUUCGCGAAACAAGUGUUGGAAGGAUGUUUAUGAAUUCGAUGUUCCAGUCUUACACAUACAGUCCAUCAAGGAUGGUCUUCCUCAGGAAGCUCAAUUAUCUGAUGCCCGGAAAUUGUUCCAUCGGUGGACUGAGCAAGAAUUGGAGAAGGUGGUCGAUGAAGCCGAGAAAUGA